AUUUUUUUUUAUUAUCUAAAAUAGAGCUUAUAUUUUUAUAUAUAUAUUGGUAUUAUAUACAUAUUCUAAUGAUAUAACAUAUUUUAGUAAAUUGAAAUUUAGAUUAUAAGAGGGAAGGGAACACAUUUACUGUAUUCUGAUUGGAUAUUCAUGAAAACAAGCAUCGUGUGCCGUUGACUUAACCUGUUAACGAUAAUGUCAUAGCCACAUAGCCAAAAAUAUCCUCGGAGAAGGCUGAAGUUUUGAUGGAAGAUACUCCACCAGAAUUAAAAGAAAAAAAAUAACGUUGUCAUAGCCACAUAGCCAUAAAUAUUCUCGGAGAAGACUGAAAACUUGGUGGAUUGUCCACCAGAAAUAAAAUAAUAAUAACGUCAUUCCGCGUUAUUAUGUAUGUCAUAUAAUAUACAAUAACUACACAACGACGCCUAACAAUAACAAUAUUAUCAUUAAAAAUAUCAGGUUAAACUCAUUAUUAUUGUAUCUGUAAAAAGUGUGGUUAUAAAAAAUGCAGAAUACUAAUAAGGACACUCCAAAACUGGAACGCAUUCGAAGAGCUCACAAAGCAGGCACAUCAGAUGUUAAAAGGACUCUGUCGGACACUUUACCCAAUGUUCAUACAAUGACAUCUAGAAAUGAAGCUAGAUUUAACAAAAAAACGAUUAUGCCAAGUGAUAUGCGAACACAGAAACUACAGAAGAAAGGAAUUGCCACAAGCAGGCAAUCAAUCAUGCCAUCACAGUCUUUAUUAGAUAUACAAAAAGGUACAGAUACAGAGAGUAAAAAUUUAGAACUUUCAUUGCUGUACGAUGAAUAUUUGCAAUCCAUGUUAGUAAAUCUCAUAAUAAAAAAGAAAAUUGAAGAAAAGAAGCAUUGCAUGAUUACACAAUUAGCUACUAUAACACAAGAGAUUGACCAAGACAUGAAGAAGCUGAUAAAAAUUAAGACAAGAGAACAAGAUAUAAAAAAUUUGACUUUAGCACAAGCAGAGACAGAUAUGCAAGUAGCUGCAUUAACAAAAUGCAUCAAAAACGAAAUGUUUAGCACAGUAAAAGAUAAGCUGUCUAAAUUACAGUCUCUUCUAGAGCCCUUAGAUGUAUUAUGUUGUAAUGAUAUAAUCCUACCUGAAACGCCAUUACAGUGGAAGGAGACUGAGGAAGUAUUAAAAAAGUGUUCAAAAGUUUUAGAGGAUAUCAUAGAUUUAAUUGGUCCCAAAGGCAAUGUGUAUUGCACUGUUAAUGAUGAAUUGAAGAACUUUACAGAGACAUAUAGUGAAAUAGAAAAUAUUCAGAAAAGAUUAUUGGAAGCUCUGUGUAAUUUACAGAUUCGGAUGUUGAAAAAUGCUUCGUUAUUAAUGCAGAAUGAAAGUCAACAGACAAUCCCAUAAAAUAUGUCAAAUAUUCUCUUACAAAUUCAUAAAAACUGAUAAACUGAUUAGAUUUAAGUAAACUACUCUUUUAUACUUUCAUA